AUGGAAUCUUUUACCAGCGAAUGCCACAUGGAUGUACAUUUGUUUCUUUUCCUUAACAGGCAAGCAAAUGAAGAAUAUCAAGUGCUGGCUAAUUCAUGGCGCUAUUCAUCUGCUUUUUCAAACAAACUGUUUUUCACAAUAGUGGAUUAUGAUGAAGGGGCAGAUGUUUUUCAACAGCUGAAUAUGAACUCUGCUCCGACUUUCAUGCAUUUUCCUCCAAAAGGUAAACCCAAGAGAGCUGACACAUUUGACCUGCAGAGAAUCGGAUUUGCAGCUGAACAGCUAGCUAAAUGGAUAGCUGACAGAACAGAUGUUCAUAUUAGAGUGUUCAGACCUCCUAACUAUUCUGGUACAAUUGCACUGGCUCUUCUGGUAUCUCUUGUUGGUGGCUUGUUGUAUCUGCGAAGAAAUAACUUAGAGUUCAUUUACAACAAAACUGGCUGGGCCAUGGCAGCUCUGUGUGUUGUAUUUGCAAUGACAUCUGGUCAGAUGUGGAAUCACAUCCGUGGACCCCCAUAUGCACAUAAAAAUCCUCAGAAUGGACAAGUG